AUGUAUUCGCUGGCCCUCCUCUGUGUGCUUGUGGUGGUCUCUGUCACUCAUGCUCGGCCCCACCACCCGAUGCUCUCUCCAGAGAUGGUCAACCACAUCAACAAGGCCAACACCACCUGGAAGGUGAGCCCAUUUUUAUCCACAAAAAUAUAUCAAGUGUGUUUUCGGUCUUCAUGGUGACCAUCUAUGUGGAUGCAUAGGCAUACUGUCGCUCACAAACUGAUGUUAUUUCAUAACUUUAACUCUUUUUUGCUGCAGGCUGGGCUGAACUUCAAGGAGGCUGAUAUAAGCUAUGUGAAGGGACUGUGUGGGACUUUACUAGGAGGACCCAAACUGCCAGAGGUGUAAGUCUCAAUACUGUAUAUGUGAUGAGGGUGUGUAAGCUUGAUUAUAGAUGUAAAAUCUCUCACAUGCACAACACAGGUGACAGUCAUCUGCUUUGUUUUAUAGCAGAUACAUCUGAUUACUUUUUAGAAGGUCUGGAUUGUGAAAAAAAAUAAAAAAUAAAAAAAAAUAAAAAACUUAGUGUAGACUACAUGACAGCAAAUCUUUUCAUGUCAGACCUGUAAAGAAAUGUGUUCAGAUUUUACCUUGUUCAUUCUUGAUAAGAUACCAGUUUCUGGAAGCAUAGUAUAGCAUUUUUUCUAAAUUUGGGUAUUGGGAAAAAUUCAUUUUGAUUGUUUGUUGAUUUAUUUUAUUCACAUUGUCUGCACUGGGUGUGGAGGUGAAGUAGCUCACAAAUAACUGUAUGUUGUUUCACAGACAUCUUAGCACUUUUGAAGGUAAUCUACACGUGAAUAAAUACCGGAGCAUUUUGAGAUGAUGAAGUGAGAGACAUUAGUACUGUCUCUCUGUUAGAAUGCUGAGCCCUGCAACUACUUUGCAUGUCUUUCAUGAGUAAUACUGGCAGAGUAUCAUAGUUGGUGCUCAAGUCUUUACAACACCAAUAAGAGAGGCCAUCCUAGGGCCAUUAAGUACAAAGUAACACAUGUGACUCACCCAUUUAAGCAAGUGAUAAAGUAGAAAUGUUGAAUGAUUUCUAGUUGGGUUUAAUUCUGUCAGCAGUGCUCAGUGACUUCCCUCUCUUGUUCAGGUUUCAUGAUACUGACAACAUAAGACUCCCAGACAGCUUUGACCCUCGCAAGCAGUGGCCCAACUGCCCCACAAUCCAACAGAUCAGAGACCAGGGAAACUGUGGCUCCUGCUGGGUAAGACAAACUUACAAAAUCCUGUAACAGCACAAAUAACUAGAUAAAGUUUCAGGUUCUUAUUUUGAGGGGACAUAAAAGUCACUGCCUCUUGUUUCCCCUUCAUUCCUCAUAGGCCUUUGGUGCAGCUGAGGCAAUAUCAGACAGGUUGUGCAUCCUCAGCAGUGGUAAAAUCUCUGUGGAGGUCUCUGCUGAAGAUCUUCUGUCUUGCUGUGAUUCAUGUGGCUUUGGGUGAGCAUUUCUGCAUGAAAAUUAGUCAGUUUCAGGUCUUUUAGGAGCAGAUACUGAAGAUCACCUAAAAUUUCUUUGAGUCUAGAUGUUCUGGUGGUUUUCCCUCUGCUGCAUGGGACUACUGGGUGCAAAGUGGGCUUGUGACAGGAGGCCUGUAUGGCUCCAAAGUUGGUGAGGACUGAAUAUUUAAUCUUUCAAGAAGUAUUAAAAACAGUUCUAAACAAAUAUACUGAUAAUGCUGGCAUGUUUGAUAGGCUGCAGACCCUACAGCAUCGCUCCAUGUGAGCAUCAUGUGAAUGGGACUCGUCCUCCGUGUCAGGGUGAACAGGAUACACCGAAGUGUGUGCAGCAGUGCAUCGAUGGGUACUCUCUGUCCUAUCCCAAGGAUAAACACUUUGGUACAGACAUUUUUACACCCUAUAGUAGUUGCAGGUGCUGAGGCUUCUGUAUCUUCGGUGUGACAGUGGUCUUUGUCUCCCUCUGCAGGUAAAACUUCGUACAGCAUCCCACCUGAUCAGAAGCAGAUCAUGACUGAGCUUUUCAAGUCUGGCCCUGUAGAGGCAGCUUUCAAUGUGUAUGCAGACUUUCUGCUUUACAAGUCAGGUGAGGAUGGUUUGCUUAGUGUUGCAACUCUGAAAGUGCACACUCAGAACACACCAAUCACUUCUCAAUCCUGUAUAACAUUUUUAUCUUCUCAUGCCAAUUUACACAAUUUUACUUCUAAAGUUUGUUCAGGCUACUUAACUUUCUUGAAAAAGGACAAUGUCAUCAUACCCUGUGUUUGCAAGUUUUGCUAUCCAAUAUUAAUACCUUACAACAAGGAUCAUCAAACCAAAAGAGUACUACUGGUUUAAAAAUAAAAUCCAAUACAUUAAAUUCUGUGGAGAAAAAAUAACCCUUUUUAAGCUUUGGGUUAUUCAUUUCUUUAUAAUUGUGCUGCAGGUGUUUACCAGCAUGUGACAGGAGACAUGCUCGGUGGUCAUGCCAUCAAGAUUCUUGGCUGGGGUGAGGAGAAAGGGACACCCUUCUGGCUGGCUGCAAACUCCUGGAACAGUGACUGGGGAGAUAAAGGUACGUUAGUGGAAAAACUAAGGUGCCACAUAAUCGGAACAUUUGUGAAGCUUAUAUAAUUUUUAUGUGUCUUCUCAUUUUAGGCUUUUUCAAGAUCAAACGUGGAAAUGAUGAAUGUGGAAUUGAGUCAGAGAUGGUCGCAGGAAUACCACACUUCUAG